UUUCACAUAUGACUCACAAGCUGUAACACACAGGCACCCACUUCCCCAAUCCGCAGAAGCCAUUUUAAACUGCACACACACACACACACACACACACACACACACACACACAACACACACACACCGGUACCGUCUUAAUUUUUGGGGAUCCCUGCCAGCCACGUCGAGCAAGGGUUUUUUCAAGAAACAAGUGUGUCAUCUCAAAAGGAAGACGGACAGAAAAAGAAUUUCUCCCUGGCUUCUGAGUAACUUCGACAUCUUCUGCCCCAUACAAAGUCAUCCCUGGCAAUAGUAAAUUCCCUUUCUUGAUGCUGAAGAAGCAUUUUUAAUUCCAUGCUGAAUUGAGACCUUGGAAUGCUUUAGCAUGGCAGCACUGGUGCAGCAAAAUGACUUGAUGUUUGAAUUUGCUAGCAAUGUCAUGGAGGAUGAACAACAGCUGGGCGAUCCUUCCAUCUUUCCCGCGGUCAUCGUGGAACAUGUGCCGAGCGCCAACCUCCUGAACAAUUACUCGGGCCUGUCUUGCGUGACGGAACCUAGCGACAUGAUAACGGAGAAUUCCCUGGACGUGGCAGAGGAAGAGAUUAUAGAAGAUGACGACAUCACCCUUACAGUGGAAGCAUCCUGCCACAAUGGAGAUGAGACCAUGCAAACCAUCGAAGCGGCCGAGGCGCUUCUCAAUAUGGAUUCUCCGGGCCCAAUGUUGGACGAGAAAAGAUCAACCCACGGGUUUGAAGCCGAGGAUGACAUGGAAGCUGCUCCUGUCACUCACGUGUCGGUCACCCUGGACGGCAUCCCAGAAGUCGUGGAAGUUCAUCACAUCCAGGAGACCUUUUCGGAAUCGCCCAGCACCCCCGAACAACCAAAGAAGAGGAGAGGGAAGAAACCCAAGGUUCCUCGUCCGGAAUCACCCAGCUUGACUCCAAAUAUAUCUGUGAAAAAGAAAAACAAAGAUGGGAAGGGGAACACCAUUUACCUGUGGGAAUUCCUACUGGCGCUGCUUCAGGACAAAGCCACCUGUCCCAAAUACAUCAAGUGGACUCAGAGAGAAAAGGGCAUUUUUAAGCUGGUCGAUUCCAAGGCUGUGUCCAGGCUGUGGGGAAAGCACAAAAAUAAACCGGAUAUGAACUACGAGACCAUGGGCAGAGCGCUCAGAUACUACUACCAAAGAGGCAUUUUAGCCAAAGUAGAGGGCCAACGUUUGGUGUACCAGUUCAAGGAAAUGCCAAAAGACAUCAUCUAUAUCGACGACGUAGAUCCCAACUCCAGCCUAGACUCUCCGGAUUCCUCUCUACUCUCCACCCCCGGGGCCAACAGAAGCCAAGCGGGCAAAGCCAAGGCCUCUUCCAAUUCGGGCUCCAAAGGAAGUGGAUCUGCCCCCCUUUUAAAAUUGCCCUUCAACGCCAAGUCCGCCAAACUGAAGCAGCCCUUGGAGACUGUGCCCCAGCCCCUGCCUUCUUUGACCCCUGAAGUGCUGACGACAAUGCAGUCCAGCCAGCCGACUCAUCCUGCCCAACUUUAUCGGACAGUCCAUUUAAUGCCGUCGGUGCAAUCCAUCCAGGAAGGGCACGCGGCCGUAACCGGUAACUUGCUGGACGAAUCCCUGAAUCCUUCGGUUACAAACAUCAGGACCAUCCAAGCCUCAGGCCAGGUUCCCGUCGUGGUCUCUCCCGGAAACCAGCAACUGCACACCGUAACACUCCAGACAGUGCCUUUAACCACUGUGAUAGCCAGCGCGGAUCCGACGUCUUCGGCCGCCUCCCAGAAGUUCAUCCUGCAAGCCAUCCCAUCAUCGCAGCCCGUGACUGUCCUUAAAGAGAACGUGGUGCUGCAGUCCUCCAAGCCGGUCUCCCCUCCGUCGUCCAUCGUUUUCAGCCCGGCUCAGGUCCACCAAGUCCUCACCAGCAACGUCCAGACCAUUUGCAACGGGACGAUGAAUGUGGCCUCCUCCUCCUCCUCCCCGUCUUUCAGCACCGCCACCUCCGUAGUAACUUUUACGCCCGGCAGUUCCCACGCGGCCGCCGCUCAGCCCUCGUCCUCCUCCAACGCCGUGAUCACGUCAGUGAUCAAGGCGCCGGAAACCAAAGCCGCCGUGAUGCAAGGGACGGUUAAAUUGGAAGCCGACAAUUCCGCAGGGGGGGAAGACGACCAACCCUCGGAGCCUAGUUUCCACCAACAGCCGUUCGUCGUCAUGGUCUCCACUUCCAACGGCUUCCCGCCUGCGGUACAUCACAUCAAACAGGAAAGCGAACACUUCGCGCCGCCGAGCCCUUACGAGUAAACAAGAAGAAACUUGGAAAAAAAUUUUUUUGCUCUUUUUCCUGAAUGUGAUGGGGAAAAAAAAAAAACGCCUCCCACCAAUGGUGUAUAUAACUUUUGAUUCCAAAGCCAGGCAUUAUAAAGCUACCUUUUUUAUUUUUUAAUUUUUAAAUUUCUCGAAUUAUAUUUUAGAAGUAACGCUGUAGAGUUGAUUUCCAGCUUUGUCCUUUCCUCUGCCAUAUAAACUAUGAUGUGUUUAAAAAAAAAAAGGCAAGCAUGAAGGAACAUGCAGUUAAUCUUUUCUUUUCUCUCUCUUUCUCUCUCUUUUUUGAUCACUGUCCAAAAAUUCUAAAUUUCUUAGACUUCCUGUAUUGUUUGUCUUGUCUUGCAUAAUAAUGUAAUCAGUGCUUUCAAGCAAUAGUUAAUUUCAGGAGGUUUUUUUUUUCAUGCCAUUAUUUGGCUCUUUUUUACAAAAAAGGUAAAUUCCAAAGAUCUUUUUACUCAAUGUCCUUAGAAUAUAUUUUGUUUUAUAUGGAUAUAUAAAGCAGUGGGCGAUUGGAUCUUUGUUCGUUCAGUUGCCUUUUGCCCCGUUGAGAAAUCAUUUUGCAAAGAAAAGCAUUUCCCUUCUAUCAAUAAGAUAUUUACCACCACUUAUGCAUUCUAUUUACUAUAUAUUUUCUAUUCUAAUAAGGACAAUAUAUAAAGUGGCUCACCAAAAACGGGAGCUGUCACUACAGGUGCAAUUGUUUUUCAGACCACUUAAAACCUUUUGAGGCAUAAAGAAAUGUGCUGGUUUUUGUGUUUUUUUUUUGCAAUUAUUUUUAUAAGGAAAUAAAAAAUAGAAGUUAUAUGGGACUUAACCCGAGUAUUUUGAGAUUAAAAUAUUUCUACAAAAUACCUUUUCUAUUGUAAAUAUGUAAUUUAAUUUCUCAAAAAGAUUUUUUUCAUAAAAAAAAGAUAUUUCCAUAGAGCAAUAUUUUAUAGAUACAGAUAAGAUCAUUAUGUUUAGAGUUCUAAAGUUUUACGUAUCCAUGUAUUGGGGAGUAAAUUUGUAUUUAAAAGGAAAAAAAAAUUAAAUUGUGGGACGGACCUCUUUGAAGCUGUUUCCUCUUUUUUGUAUUUUAAUUGGUUUAUCAUGAAAAUAAAUCAAAUACAACAUCCUGGUAUGUUUGUCUUUCUCAGUCUGAAAUCUGAUAUUGUGGUAGGCAUUCAUAAGUUAUCGCAGACCUGUAAUAAAAUACCCUGUGCAAGAAGGAAUCAGAUUUAAGAUACAUAAAUCUUUAUUAUUUUGGCC